AUGGAAGCCAAAAGAAACGAGGAGACAGAUAUACCAGAAAUCAAUACGGCACUUCUGCCGCUGUCUGAGCAGCCCCAGGACCACGAACUUGACCCCCCGGAAUCCGCGAGAGCACAACUGAUAUGCGACGACAACAAUAAUUCUCCAGCUGCCGAGCUUCCUAGCCCAGCCGGUCACGACAGACCACGUGCAGAGACCAGACGCCAGCCACAAAUCUACCUGAUUGACAGAAUCCCGGACCAAGUACUGCGCCGCCCCGACGAGAGCCUCGCAUCGUGGACAGUCCAUGCAGACAGAAUAUUCAGAGGGUGGUGGCUUGAGUUGCUCUGCUGUUGGCUCAGCAUAGUAUCUCUGGCUGCAUUGAUUCUUUUCCUGCUAGCGAUCAAUCACAAGCCCCCUCCUACCUGGCCGUCAGGUAUCACAGUGAACACCGUUGUUGCGUCUCUUUCAACUGUGGCGAGAACUGCCUUCACUGUACCUGUCGCGGAAGGUCUGUCGCAGUGUAAAUGGAACUGGUUCAAGAAACGGCCGCGGCCUAUCGAAGACUUCAGCUUGUUCGACGAGGCCUCAAGAGGUCCUUGGGGCUCCAUGUGCUUGCUCACACGGACAAAGGGAUGGAUGAUUGGAAUUUUAUCGGCUCUUCUGUUGACCUCAUCUGUGGCGACGUCGACCUUGACACAGUCGGCUGUCAAAUAUCCCGGCCGUGUUGAAAUGGAAGGCAACGCUACAGCAUGGAAGCUGACCUCUUCAUCGGACAGCGCGUUUGUAGCUCGUCUGGAGGGGACAGUGCCUCAAGCUUUGUUUUCUCCGAUCACGAAUACUUAUCCAUUCAAAGAGCCCUAUUGCCCCCCAAGCAGCGAUUGCGUUUGGCCCACGUUCCAGACCCUUGCUAUUUGUCACGAGAUCUCUAAUGUCACACAUCGUAUUCAAAAACAGUCUUUAACAUAUGUUCACUCCGAUGAUUCCGCCCCCAUCAAGUUGAGGAGUAAGGCUAUUCUACCUAACGGUGUUCACAUAGCCGAGACCGAGUCACCAAAUGUGGUGAUCGGCCCAGGGGAACCAUCUCAAGAUUCCCUCGCAGACAUUAAGACGUCAACUAUAUUCAACUACUCCGUGAUCUACUGGGAUCCAACACGCCCUCCUCUUGCAGCAGACGUCGUCUUGCACUGGUGUGUUAAGAAAUACGACGCUAACGUGAUGGAUAAUGUCCUGUCCAUGGAGCUAAUUUCUUCACUCACCGUUGUGAAGACGCUCCCAAAUGAAACUGAACUCGAGCUUGGGAACUUCUUGUUGUUAAAUCAGUCAAUCAACACCCAUUCUAAGCGAACGCAGUUCAAGAUUGGAGGGCGCGAGACGAAAGAAAUACGCAGAGCUCUGGAAUAUGCAUUGGUAGAUUACAGCAGCAAGCUCGGCUACUUCGAGAACGGCGCGGAUAGACUGCUCUACGCAAUGGAGGAAAUAGAACGGCAGUACGAAGCAGAAACCGAACAGCAAAGGAAAUCGAGAUCUCCGAGCGACUGGGAUGAUAUUUGGUUCACAGCCAUCGAAAGUAUGGCAGUGAACGUUGGGAACGGGGUUGUCAAUUCUCUUCUACCACAAAAAGCAAACGUCUACGGCACCGCUUGGUUGAAGCAGGUCAACAUCGAGAUCCGCUGGGAGUGGCUAAUAUUCCUGGCGGCCCAGAUUGUCAUUGCCAUCGUCAUUCUCGGUCUAGUCAUCUGGGAAACAUACGAAGUCAACAUUGAUAUCAUCAAAAGUGCGACGAUUCCGGCACUGUUCGCCAUCAACUCUCAAGAGAUGGCUCGUCUCGAGUUCCGAUCGAGGGGAAAGAGGACGACGUUGCUUGAGCAAUACCAGUUUGUAUCGCGGGGGAUCAGAGGGCAACUGCAUGAGAUUGGUGGUAGAUGGGUGUUGGGGUCUCCGUCUACGGAUCGAUAUGCUUGA